CCGGCGAGGGGGGAGAGAGCGGCGCCCCUCCUCCCGGUAGGCCGCGAGGAGGAGGAGGGAGGCGGAGGCUAUGCAGCCGCCUCAGCCGCCCCCCUACGAGUUCCUCAGCGACGAGAACGGGCAGAAAUGGCGGGGGCUCCUCGUGCCGGCCCUGCGCAAGGUUCAGCAGCAAGUCCACCCCAACCUUUCGGCCAAGGAAGAUUCCCUCCACUACAUCGAGGAGUUAAUCCUGCAGCUGCUCAACAAGCUAUGCAUUGCCCAGCCACGGACAUUUCAAGACGUGGAGGAGCGAGUUCAAAAGACCUUUCCUCAUCCGAUCGACAAGUGGGCCAUUGCAGACGCGCAGUCCGCUAUCGAGAAACGGAAGCGAAGGAGCCCCCUCCUGUUGCCGGUGGACAAAAUACAUCCUUUAUUGAAGGAAGUUCUCGGUUACAAAAUAGAUUAUCAGGUGUCUCUUUACAUUGUGGCUGUCCUGGAAUACAUCGCUGCAGACAUCUUAAAAUUGGCUGGCAACUAUGUUUUCAACAUAAGGCACUUUGAGAUCUCCCAGCAAGACAUCAAAGUAUCAAUGUGUGCUGACAAGGUCUUAAUGGAUAUGUUUGAUCAGGACGACAUUGGCUUGGUUUCUCUCUGCGAUGACGAGCCCUCCUCCUCUGGCGAGCUGAACUGCUACGAGAUCGUCAGGACGGAAAUCGCAGACGAAAGGCAGUACCUCCGGGAGCUGAACCUGAUCAUAAAAGUCUUUCGAGCCGCUUUCCUUUCUAACAGGAAGCUCUUCACGCCUUGUGAUAUCGAUAUGAUAUUUAGCAACAUCACAGACAUCCACGAGUUGACGGUGAAGCUCUUGGGGCUAAUCGAGGACACCGUGGAAAUGACCGACGAGAGCAGCCCCCACCCCCUCGCCGGCAGCUGCUUUGAGGAUCUGGCAGAGGUGAAACAAGCCUUCGACCCUUACGAGACCUUGUCCCAAGACAUCCUUUCGCCACAGUAUCAUGAGCACUUCAAUAACCUGAUGGCGAAGCCUGCAGUUGCUUUACACUUCCAGAGCCCUAACCUCUUUAACCACGAUCGAAGCGAUUCUAACCUAAUAACAUGUGUAUGCUUUAGGGAGCAGGUCUCUUGGUUUUACAACCGCCAAGUGAGAAGCAAGCACCUGGCUAUUAAAAAAAUGAACGAGAUACAGAAAAACAUAGACGGCUGGGAAGGCAAAGACAUCGGCCAGUGCUGCAACGAAUUCAUAAUGGAAGGGACGCUGGUGAAAGCGGGAGCCAAACACGAGCGGCACAUCUUUCUUUUCGACGGCCUGCUGAUCAGCUGCAAAGCUAACCACGGACAGUCCCGGCUCCCCGGCUACAGCAACACCGAGUACCGGCUCAAGGAAAAAAUCGUCAUGAGGAAGGUCCACCUCGUCGACAAGGACGACACGUGCGAACACAGGCACGCCUUCGAGCUGGUCUCCAAAGACGAGAACGCCGUCGUGUUUGCCGCCAAGUCCGCCGAAGAGAAGAGCAACUGGAUGGCCGCCCUGAUCUCCCUCCAGUACCGCAGCACCCUCGACCGGAUGCUGGACGCGGUGCUGCUGCAGGAAGAGAACGAGCAGCCCUUGCGGCUGCCCAGCCCGAGCCUCUACCGCUUCGCGGUGGAAGACUCCAAAGAGAACAUCGUCUUCGAGGACAACCUCCAGAGCAGGAACGGCAUCCCCAUGAUCAAAGGCGGGACGGUGGUGAAGCUGAUCGAGAGGCUGACGUACCACAUGUAUGCAGAUCCUAAUUUUGUACGCACUUUUCUGACAACGUACCGUUCCUUCUGCAAGCCGCAAGAGCUCCUGGGUCUGUUGAUAGAACGGUUUGAAAUCCCAGAGCCUGAGCGAACGGAAGCAGACAAGUUGGCAAUAGAAAAAGGAGACCAGCCAAUCAGCGCAGACCUGAAAAGAUUUCGCAAGGAAUACGUCCAGCCGGUGCAACUCAGGGUAUUAAAUGUGUUUCGACACUGGGUGGAGCACCAUUUUUAUGAUUUUGAGAGAGACCAGGAGCUGCUGGAUAGACUGGAAACAUUCAUUUCAGGCGUAAAAGGCAAAUCCAUGAAAAAGUGGGUGGAGUCCAUCGCGAAGAUUAUCCGGAGGAAAAAACAGGCUCAUGCCAACGGCGUGAACCACAACAUCACGUUUGAGAGCCCCCCGCCCCCGAUUGAGUGGCACAUCAGUCGCCAGUUUGAGACGUUUGACCUCAUGACGCUGCACCCCAUAGAGAUUGCGCGGCAGCUGACGCUCCUGGAAUCUGACCUCUACAGGGCUGUUCAGCCAUCGGAACUCGUCGGGAGCGUGUGGACGAAAGAAGAUAAAGAAAUCAACUCCCCAAACUUACUGAAAAUGAUCCGGCAUACGACAAACCUGACACAUUGGUUUGAAAAGUGCAUAGUGGACACGGAGAAUUUUGAAGAGCGAGUGGCUGUGCUGAGCCGGAUUAUAGAGAUCUUGCAAGUUUUCCAAGACCUGAACAACUUCAACGGUGUGCUGGAAAUCGUCAGUGCAAUCAACUCUUCCUCUGUGUAUCGGUUGGAGCACACCCUCGAGGCCUUACAGGAGAGAAAGAAGAAAAUUUUGGACGAAGCUGUCGAACUGAGUAAAGAUCACUUUAAAAAAUACCUGGCGAAGCUGAAGGCAAUCAACCCACCCUGUGUGCCUUUCUUUGGUAUAUACUUAACGAAUAUUCUACAUACAGAAGAAGGGAACCCUGACUUCCUUAAAAGACAAGGGAAAGGAUUAAUCAACUUCAGUAAGAGGAGAAAAGUGGCCGAGAUCACAGGAGAAAUCCAGCAGUAUCAAAACCAGCCUUACUGUUUACGGGUCGAACCGGAUAUACGGAGAUUCUUUGAAAAUCUCAACCCUAUGGGAAAUGUUCCCGAAAAAGAGUUUAUGGACUACUUGUUCAACAAAUCCCAUGAGAUUGAGCCUCGCAACUGCAAGCAGCCCCCGAGAUAUCCUAGGAAAACUAGCUAUUCUCUGAAAUCUCCCGGCAUAAGGCCCAACACAGGCCGACACAGCUCUACGUCUGGCACACAGCGGGGCCACCCGAUGCCUCUGGAAAAGGAGCCGUAUAAGAUCAGUUUCAGCAGGAUCACGGAAGCCGAACAGGAGUCUGCAGCAUCAGCACCGACCUCCCCGAGCAUCCCCUCACCUCCCCCAGCGUCUGCAUCUUCGGAGCUCAGCGUGUUCCUAGACAUCGAUCUCAACAGCUCUUACGGUAGUAACAACAGCAUCUUUGCACCUGUCCUUUUGCCCCAGUCAAAGUCCUUCUUCAGUUCCUGUGGAAGUUUGCACAAACUAAGCGAAGAGCCUCUGGUUCCUCCUCCACUUCCUCCCCGGAAGAAGUUCGACCAGGAUUCUUCUGCCUCAAAGGGUGGCUCCAGAUCUGAUGAUGAUCCUCCCGCCAUUCCGCCCCGGCAGCCCCCUCCUCCAAAGAUCCAGCCACGAGUCCCGGCUUACACCGGUCUGUUAGAACAGCCGCUCCAGAGCCCUCCCCCGCCCCCUCCAAGAGACCCUCUUCCUGACACACCCCCUCCGGUGCCUCUUCGCCCACCCGAGCACUUUGUGAACCUCGCCUUCAACCUCCAGCCGCCGCCCGUGGGACGCUUUCACCGGGAUCCUGACCGGCUGCGGGAAGCCAGCACGUGCCCCAACUCCCCCAGCACGCCUCCAAGCACACCGUCGCCUCGGAUACCACGCCGCUGGUGUGCCCUCAGCCCCAGCCCCAACAGCCUGGCCGCCCCUCCGGUCCCCCCACGCCAUAACUCCAGCCCUCAGCUCCCGAAACUGCCACCAAAGACUUACAAGCGGGAACUCUCCCACCCGCCUUUGCACAGACACUCUUCGCUGGAGAACGCGGAAACCCCUCAAUGACCUCGGCCACGGUAGUCAUUGACACUGGAACGUUAGCUGUUAAAAUUUGUGAUUCUCUUCUUAAUUUAUUCCACCGAGGCAACCUUCUUUCAGUACUUUUGGCCAAGGGCCACCCAGACUCGGAGCGCUGCUGAUCCGAGACCAACGCUCGGGAAUCAGAACCGCCAGUACGGGCCCUCUGUCUCGCCUCCGCCGUCAGUCCAGCCGCCGCCUCCUCAGGGGAUCAGUCACGCUGCCUUCUCCUCCUCCCCGCAGGGCCGACAGUUUUACCAGUACCAAGAGCCUAGGUUUUGCACUGUCAACCACAACACUACCAUGAAUUUUUAAAACUGACAUCUGUUUAUUGCACUGAGCCAAAAAUGGUUCACGGGUGGGGGGUUUCCCCCCGCCCUAACUGGAGCACGAGCGGCCUUUUCUACGUUCACGUUCUUUUUCUCUUGAGCGCGCCAUUCACUGGGAACUCUGGGAAGCUUCACUGAAAGGAAUAGCAACCCCGCUGCGCUCUUGAGCUGCUCCGUUCGUUUCGGUUGCGCUUGUCCGGAAGAGGUUCCAGAGGAUCGUGCCUAGAAGAGGGAUGGAAUAUCCUGCCUGAGCAUGUAGACUCUGUUAUCAUGUUCCUGAUUUUUCGAGACCUCUUUGUCCUACUUGCCUUUCGGAAAUAAUUGUUGCAUAAAUCUUAAGAGGCUUGCGAAUGACGUUUUUUUUUUUUUGCGGUUCUCAAGGGUUAGUCGAUAGCCGUGUCUUAAUUUCCAUUGAUUUUUCUUUUUUUUGCUGCUGCUGCUGCUAAAGAUAACGAGAAAGGAAAAAAAGCGAUCGGUAUCCUUCAGAGUGCGUUGUGAGACGUUUGGUUUUCGUAUGCAAGAUGGAAGCCAGGACUGCCCGACCCAGUGAUCAGAGAGUAUUUAGCAUGCGUCCCGUUCAGUCGUGCCUUGUUUUCGUUUUGGGCAGCCCAAGAGGUGUCUUAAGCUACAAAGUUGCCUGCUGUUUUUUUGGUGAACGAAGCUAGUGCGUCAUAUUCUGUACAGUUGUCUAUAGUGUAUAUUUACAGAUUAAUAACCCGUAUAACGUUUCUGUGACUCGGAGGCCUACUCUGCCUGUGUUAACUCCUGUUCACCGUUUAUGGUUGUAAGCAUUUUUUCCUAUCCACAGGAGAACGUUUUUGCCUUCUAGAACGGAACCGAAAUAGACCUUUUUCAAAAAAAAAAAAAAAAGAUUUCACUUCAGUUUCAUUACGGGGCUCCCUUUUUUGGGAAACUGGUGAUGUCACAAACCAGCAAGCCCCCAAACAGCUUUAUUUUUUUUUUUUUUGGCUUUCAGAAAUGUAAAAAAGGCAGAGACGUUCUCUCGCCCGUAGAACAGAGCCACUUUCUUUAGUUGAAGCUGGCACGGAAGUCGUGCCUAGUCCGAGUACUGUAGAAUCCUGAAGCCUUUUUUUCCGGACUGGUCUGUGGCCUUUUACUGUGCUUUGUAUCAGAGUUCUUAACCAGAUUAAUAAAUCAACCCGGUCUUAAUUUUUAA